AUGGCCAAGGUAACAGCCGAGAUCCUUCAACAGGGACCAAGUGAAAGCUCAAAGAAGCAUGCUGCGCUCAUGCAGGGUGCAGGGAGCGAAGCAAGUGAGAUGCAGAGUCGCGCAAGAGUCAUGGCCAGCAAGCUCGAGAAAGAGUGCCACCGGAUGCUGCACUAUGAACUACUGGCUUUCGCUUUGGCACAGCACGAGAAACAGCCACUUCUCGAGCUGAGCACAGGAAUGGUGCAAAGCCUGUACCGACAAG